AACGUUCCAUAUACAAUAUUUUACUACCGAUACAUCACCAUAAAUUAAAUGAAAUCGACAAUCAAGAUAAAAAAACACAUAUUUUUUAGAUCGUAUUUUCGGCCCAGCGAAACAAAACUGAGUCCAUGCCCAAAGGCCCGACAUGUCCGUUGUCUUCAUUUUUGGCCCAUCAGUGGACAAACCAAUGAGGCUUCUGAAUUUUGAUCCGAAAGACCAACGGAAAGGGAUUAGGGGGCAUUUUUUUUUUUUUGACUAGGCAGUUUCUUCCCCAAGCUGCAAAAUUCGUCUGCCUGCCAACAAAAACCUUCCGUAAAACCCUAGCUCUCUUCCACCAUUGCCAAUACUCAAGAGACCAUUCGAUCGGCUAGCGGCAAACCAGUGGUAGAUAGUUUCUCUGAGGCGGGAUUAACAUGGGGUUGACUAAUUUCAUCCUCACUAUCGCCGGCGUCAGCGCGGUGGUUCUCCUGCUGAGGAGCGACGUCAAGCAGUCCGCCGUCAUUCUCCGCCGCAACGUCAAGCACAUCCGCACCUGGCUCGAAGAAGAAUCAGCCGCCGCUUCCAAGACUGAGAAGGCAACACCAAAGGAAGUAGAAACAAAGGUUCCUCAUAAAGAAACUCCCAAGGAAGAGAAGAAGUAAGCAACGGUGAGUUGCAACUGCAAGAAGGAAGCUUGCGAUGUCUAGUUAGCCCUCCCAGGAUUCUAGUUAAGCCACUGUUAAAUAGUUCUUAUUCCAAGUUUUAUCGAUUAAUUGAGAUAGCGUAUAUUAAAUUCGUCAAAUUUUGGUCUCAUUUUUGCCUUGUAAUGCUCACUCAUUAGGUUAUGUUCAUGUUGAUGCUCCAGCCAGAAAAUAAUUAAUUAUACUUUGUUGUUUGGUUAAUAAAUAAAAGUUUUGAUG